AGUGGCGAAUUAUUCGUUCGUUUUUGAAUAAGCUUUUUUAUUCUCCGGCAAGUAUUCAGCACGAGUGGUUCAUAAAGUCGACAGGCUACAAUGGUUUUCUGGAUCAAAUGUUGCCUGCUACUUUUAGCUGUUAGUGCCGGAAGUAACAGUCAAACAUUCGAGGAUAAAAUUUAUCUACAAUAUCACCGAAGAUUGCCAUACUUUUUGGAGCUGUUGAGAAAAUACACCCUGUGGCCACCCAAUCCAGCGAUCGCUGAGCCUGUAUUAUAUGAUCCUGCCAACUCACCGAGUCCUUUAAUUGUCGGAGGUGAUGCGACAAGUAUCGAGCUUUAUCCCUUCCAGCUGUCGCUGAGAAAUGGUGGAGUUCAUAUUUGUGGUGCUUCGAUUAUCUCGGAUAAAUGGGCUCUUACCGCAGCACACUGUUUAGAUGACGGAAGUUCGCCUUCAUGGAUAACGUUACGUGGUGGAAGCCCCCAUAGACUGGCCGGCGGAUAUAUCUUCCAUGCAGAGCAAUUUAUCCUUCACGAAGAUUACAAUGCGAAGACAUUUGACUACGAUGUGGCUGUUGUAAAGAUAGCGGAGAAUUUUUUGGUGAAUUCACUGAAAGCCGUGCCUCUAAUUGAUAGUACAAUCAAAGUGAAUUGUCCAAAUGAGUUGGCAAUGGUAACUGGUUGGGGUACUGAUGCUUAUAAGUACAUACCGUUGAUUCUUCAGGAACUGAAAGUGUUGAUUCAGGCGAGGGAAAAAUGCGACACGUUAUGGAUUGAACAAAUUACUGACAGGAUGCUCUGCGCUGGAGGUGUUAUUGGCGAAGACACUUGCAAUGGUGACAGCGGGGGACCACUGACAUGCAACGGAUACCAAAUGGGUAUCGUGUCGUGGGGAUCAGCGGCUUGUGCCAUCGCAAUGCCGGCAGUAUUCACCAAUAUAUCCGAUCCGGAAAUUCGUGGUUUCAUACGAACACAAACCGGCGUAUAAAACAGCUGCAUAACGAGUAUUUCAAAUCACUGAGAAAAAAAAAAUCAAAAAUAGAUAUGUACCAGCCCGUUUAUGCGCAGCAAAUAAAGAAGAAUUUGACUUCUCAAACCUUUUAGUUAUCACAAAAACAAGGCUUGCAAAUAAAAAUGAUUAUUUUAAUCGACAA